ACGCGCUGUCCGUCUAUUCGCCGUUGUCGGCACUCGAGGCGUCGCGUUAAGGACGCUCGCGCGCGGUCUACGAAUACUCGGAAGUUGCUUAAAAUAAUGGUUAAUAUCGUGUGUGGACUACAUAUCGUAGAGAUACAUGCAAUCUAAAAAAAGGUAUAGAAUGGAAUGUGCCAUCUUCCAACUCUAACGUAAGUCUGCAGCUGCAAAACCUAAUGUGGCAAGUCUCUCCAUUCCAGUUGCCAACUUAAGUACCUACCUAAUUCCUACACCGUCUCAAGGGUGGAUGCAUUAGUAAAUUAUAAUACUUACGUCAAUGUCCGCUGGCAUAAUUGUUAUGAAAUAGUACCUAAUAAACGUGUCCGCAACUAACCUGUUGGAAUCGUUGGUAUCUGGCACGUCUGUACUCUGUAGCCAUUACCAGUUUGUCCGUCAAAAAUCAAGUUUCUGACUACGGUGAAGCAAAUUAAAAUUUGUUUAAUAAAUGUUAUCGUGCGUGCGCGUGCCGCUUUCAUGGAGUGAAUUUAUACGUUAGUGAGUCAGUCAGUGCGCGAGCGCGCGUCGGUCGACCGCGACAUGAGCGCGUGUGGCCGCGCGCAGGCUCCCGCCGAGAACGCGCCGGUGGCAUCCGCCGCGCCGAACAUCUUCGACGAGACCGUGCCCCAAACCAUCCCGAACGAAUCGUUCGAGGGCAUCAGACUCCGCAACUACCGAUUCAUAAACGAAAACAUCCGCGAGUAUGUUCCCUCCAUUAAAAACUCUAGUGAUAUUCACGCUUCAGUGGUCAAAGGAAAGUUGGUGUCGAAAUUGGAUGUGCUCACGAUUUCACCGCCGCGCGCGAGGAUUCUAGAACUGUUACGCCCCGAGGACCCGGGGAACGACGCUCUCGAGGCGAUCGUGAGGCCCACGCCGAGGCGAGGACUCGUCAGACCCUACGACGAAGACACGAGGAGAUUCCUCCAACGAGCUCUCUUCAACGCUCCCAAUGGCUACUCUACACCUGAACAAAAUUCGAGAUUAUCCGCAAAUCUCGAAGAUAGCGAGGAAGAAUCGGAGCAGAAGCACAAUUCCGUAGUUAGUAACUCUAGUUCUAGUAAAGAAAGGUCGUUAGCUGAUGAAUUGAGAGAGGCAGAGGAAGAUGAGCUUUCUGGAGACAGUCUCCGUCGAGAGUUGUUGAUGGAAUUUCGGAAAAGAGGCGGAGGGAUCCGAGAGGCUAUGGAGAGGGAUAGGUUAGCGAAGCUCGCUCUCGCUGUGGAGGACGACGAGGAUUUUGAGGACUGUGGGCUGACUGCUGCGGCUCGGAAGCUGGAUGCUUUGCUGGUGGAGUCCCGGAGUCUCCACGAGGAGUUGGCGGGCAUCCACGAGGACAUCCAGGUGCAGAGCGCGCGCGCCGGGCGCUGCGCGGCGGCGGCGCGCGCGCUGGCGGCGGAGUCGCGCUCGCUGCGCUACUUGGACGACGUGGUGGCGCUGCUGCGCGGAGACGUGGUCGCCGCGCGCCGCACGCGCCUGUGGCCCUUCGCCUUCGGACGCCGCCAGCCCGGCAGGAACUACAUCGUGUGAUCCAGUGACGAGAUAAGAAGAGGUCCGUGGCCCUGCGAUGCAAAGCGUCAUUUAUCUGCUAUGUUUAUAUUAUUAUAAUAGUUUAUGUGCCCUAUCCCAUUAGGACACCAGUGGUGGCGUAACCAGGCUGGAUGAUUCGCUAACUGAGAGAUCAUAACUAAAUGAAAGCUAUUGAACUCAUUUGACAUUGGUUGGUUCUACAUUGCUGCUUCACUGAGCGAUAUGAAAAAAUGUUCCCGUAGAAAUCUUUCAAUAGAUUUAAAAGUAAAUGUCAAAUUAUCUUGAUGGCUUUCAUUCAAUGAUAAUUACUGAGCAAAUCAUCCCACAGGUUGCGCUACCAAAAAAAUGUGUGCAGCUCUAUUGGCUAUGCAACCAAACGGACACCAGGUGAGGUACCCUCCAUAGAACUUUUGCAUUUUGGUCGGUAGCGCAACCUGGUAGCGCUACCACUGGUGUCCUAGUGAAUUAGCGCCUUAACUGCCUAGAUAUAAUAACUAUACAUGCAUUAUCUCUGCCCCGUCAUCGUUUCAACCGAGCGUCCACAGCUGGACACUGGAAUUCAUAGUCAGAUAGGGGCUUCUUUAGAGAACGAUUCAAACGACAUGUGUAACCACCCUUUAUGCAACCCCUAUGUUUUUAAAUCCAACCUAUAGAUUGUACAUAUAACACAAUUGUUGUCUGAAUCGUCCUCUAUCCUCGUAUCUUCAAUGCUAAUAUUAAACAAGUAGGCAUAAGUUGUAGUUAGUUUAUGUAAUAUUUGGUCAACUCUGCAGGUGUAAGCAUGUUGCCCCUAACCUAAAGCAAUCAUAAAAUUACUAACAUGCGAAACAUAAUAAUAAUGAUGAUUUAACUAACUAAAUAACUAGGAGGGAACCAGUUCGCAUAGUAUAAAAAAUCAGUCAAGCGCGGGUCAGACUCGCACACAAAGGGUUCUGUACAAUCGUACAAGACAUUAUUGUACUUUUUAAACUUUUUAAAUUUACUUGGCGGCUAUAUUGAAAUUCACCAUCUUGGUUUUCCAUUAUUUGUUGUUACAGCGGCAAUAGAAAUACACACUCUGUUUUCAUCUCCUAUUACGGUUCAUGGGAUGGGACCGCCUGCUGACAGACAGACGGACGGACGGACAGCGGAGGCUUAGUAAUAGGAUCCCGUUGGCAUCCUUCGAAUACGGAACCCUAAUAAACGGAUAUUUUAUAAGCAGGUGGAUAAUAACUACCUACAGUAUACAUCCUAUGUGAAUUCCUGCAGCUAUUUUAACAUUAAAUAGCAAUUUAGUUUUUGUUUCGUCUACAUUAUUCUUAUUUAAUAAUCUCAUUGUAUAGUUACCUACCUAGUCUUAUGUAAUUCAUUUUUUGUCAUAAUAUAGACUAAAGAAAAAAGAUAGACGGGACGUAAAAACAAAAUUAAAUAUGCCGAAGCUGCCCAGCGGCUCCAAAUGAUUGUUUGUGUCAUCUGUUCAUAGGGGGUCUGCCAAUGCUGCGGUUUCAGGGGCGAGGUCGCCAUUACAACAUAUUGAAACCCCCACGUCUUAAUUGGUUCUUCUAUCAUAAAUUCAGCUCCCAACCCGUUGAGCUGUGUCGGUUACUCUGAUUCUUCUACAGGCCUUCUCAUUUCUGAUUUGAUCACGUAGAAUAACUCUGAACUUAGCUGUCUCCAUCGCCCUGAGUGACUCUAAGCUUUAGACUUACGCUUAUAGUUAGCAGCCAUGUCUCUCAAUACUUAUCUAACCGUCCAUCCUUUUUCCUUAGCACUGAUGCUUAUAUUUAUUCUGUAACUCUGAGAAUAAUAUAAAUAACCUAGUCUUUAUGUUUUAUACUUAAUAAUUUUCAUCUAUGCAUAGGAACUCUAAGACUGAAAAGUAAAUGGUUAGUGAUUUGUAUGUUCUUCGAUAAUAAUUAAGUUACGAUUUACUAUGUAGUGCUAAGAUUUAUGUUAGUUGAUGAUAAAGAGCUCCAACGUUCGGAAUUUAAAUUAUUAAGAACUUACUUUACAGAUAAUAUAAAUCAUAAGUAUUUUUUUCUUUUUUAGUUUUUUUACCAAUAGACCUUGGGCCUUUGCUUCAUUUUACGCCCAUCCAAUCAAAAUUUUUUCAUUCUUUUAAAUUGUAAGGUUGAAAUCACAUCUGUAGAGAUCAUUUCACAUUAAAUAAAAAUAUUAUCUAUUGCAUUUUCAAUGAAUAAAUAAGUCCGAAUCGAUGAUAACUGUGUGACUUCAACCCUUUUAUUCUUGUUUAAUUCUAAUAAUAUUUAAUCAAAUUCAGUAUAUUCUUUUUCACGGCAAAGUCAAUGCGAUAAUUUUAUUAACGAAAAUUAUGAGUUUAUUGAAAGCAUGCUGUAAACCCGAAAGUUCUUUUUCUUUCAAAUUGAAGCAGUUUAUACUGAUAAGAUAUUUUUUUUUCAAUUUUAUAAAACUGCCAUUCUUUUAUUUGUGGAAUUCCGAACGGGCGUAGGUAGAUGUAUGAAAAUAAUUAUGCAUAAGUUUUGUUAAGUAUUCAUAAUAAUAUUUAUUAUGCUACAUACCUAUGCAUGCAUGCGAUUGUGAUCAAAGCUAUGAAAAAUCUUAAUAAAAAAUGAUAAUAUGACAUCACUCUA